AUGGACACCGGCUACAAGAGCAGCGAGGACAUGACCAUGGAGAAAGCGGAGGCGUUGGGCCUCGUUUCAGCCGAGAUGGAGCCAGAGCUCAUGGUGGGUCUCAUGGACCGCUUGCUGAUGUACUAUCUCUUGUGGCUGGACGGGCAUACCAUCGUACAGACCUGCUACUCCUGCCUCUAUUUGCAGGAUCCUCCGCGACUGCUGAAGCCGCUGCCGGCCCUGGGGAGCUUCGUGGAUGCGUUGCUGAUCUCCUGCCAAGUGGCUCGCGAUGCGGUCAACUCCGACUUCAUGCCAACCAUGUUCAAUGUGGACUUUCAGCUUUGCGUCUUCAGCAGCCUGGAGAAGCUGAAGACUGAGAAGGAACGACAGGAGAAUGCAGCCGUGGCUCUUCGCUUGGACUUCAUCAGCAAAUAUAUGUCCGCCUUGGUUUUGGUAGCAAAGCCCAAGGCGUCGACGCUUCCGACAGCCAAGGGCUUGUUGGCCAAGUGCCGGCAGCUCUUGGAGAAGAUCAAAGCUUCUGAUCCGGCACUGGAGGCGAUGACGUCCGAGCCCGUUAGACGCGUGGAUUGGAAGGUGGACGGUUUCAUGGACAUCCGAGGAUGUCGCUUUGAUGGUUCCAUCAACCGGAAGCUCCUGGUGCCCGGGCCGCCUCGCCAGGUGGAACCCAUUGAGGAUCCGAAGAAAGUCUUCAGCCUUUGGACGGAGCAUUUGGAGGAACUGUCGCUUUGCUGCAGCUUGUUAUCCCAACCCCUGGAGGAGCUUGUGAAGGGCUCGAUGAAGGGAACGGCCAACAUUCUGAGUCGCAGCGUGGCGCAGCUCGUGGUCCAGGACGGAGCUCGGGGCACGUCUUUGUUCGAAUUGGUGUUGCUCCUGCGGCGCAGUGUUGCUGCUCAGGCAAACCAGCACUGUAAGAAGCAGACGGAACCUUAUUUACAGCGCUGUGAGACCUUGGUUUUGCAACUCCUGAAGAUCACACACCUAAACAGCACUCGGCGCUUUCGGCGCUUGGCGCACAUCUUCGUGGACUUCAACGAGCUCCAGCAUGAAGCCUGGCGCUUGGACGAAACCUUGAAGAGCACCUUCGGAGCCAACCUGCGGUAUCAACGGCCUAGCUGGGGUUUCAUCAUGGAUCAAGCUUUGCAAGUGAUGAUUCAGAAAUUGCUCUUGGGAUUCCAGUUGGACAUCUACGAGGAGGCGGAGCUCCAUAUGAUCUAUUGGUACGUGGACUACCUACUGGGCCUCAGGUUCGGGCAGCUGGGCUGGUGGACGGAUCAUGUGAGACGGAACGAUGCACCUUUGUCCGAAUUAGUGAGACGCCACUUCGGUAGGCCCAACAAGGGGCAGAAACCACGUGUGUCCCCGCUGAAGCUGCUGCUGAUCGACGCGAUGCAGUCCAUGGUGCGUGGGCUUUUUCGGUCUCCCGGAGACCGAACGAACGCCCGAACGACGAAAGGACCCAAGGCGGUGGGUGCGGAGCGGUCGCGGCGGUCGCGGGUGGACAGGCGGACGUGGAGGAUGGCCGUUUAUUACGAAGGCUUGGACAUGGCGGAAAAGCCACUUCUAGCGGUGCAGACUGGCCUUUGCCAGCGCUUCAUUCUGCGCUUCCGAAGUUUGGAGAUGAUGUUCCGCCUGCCACACUUGCCCUCUUUCUAUGAUUUCCAGCAGUCUGCCAUGCUGGCUUCCGAGGCCCAGGAACGGCGGAACGUGCUCAUGGCGGCGCAGAGCCGCUCCUCAGGUUUGCCCGAGUGGGCACGGAAAGGAGAUGGGCCCCGUAUGACUUUCCGAAAGCAGGCAGUCCCGCCAGUUGAGACGUUGCCGGAUUGGGCGAAGCCUGAAACAAAAGAUGUUGAUAAGAAGAGCGGGAAGGCGGUAGAGUCGGAGUUCGAGUACACGCCCUCGGAGCCUAUAGCGGAGUUGGUGGAGAGCGGUAUCUUCAAGAAUUUUAAAAAGAAGGCAGAACCUCCGGAGCGUGAGUGGGAGCUCGUCGACCAGGCUUCGCAGCUUCUGGAGCGCGCGCAGACGGCGCUCAAGGAGGGCGAAAGAGGGGAGGAGGAGUUGCCCAAAGCCCUGCGACGCGUGGUGGUGGCCAACCAAUUGGGCAUCACUCAACUGCUACGUGCCUUCAAGCGCUACGUCCCUGGACCCAAGACAGGAGGCUUUGCACGAGGCUCCUUUAUCGCCUGGCGCCGCCACGAGCGCGUGCGCGACGAAGAGGGGAACCGCCUGCUGCGCACGGACUCGAUUCGAGAGCUCUACGACUUCGCAGAGGUGGUGGGCGAGGGCGGCUUCGGCACCGUGCUGCGCGCACGGCACCGGCGCACGGGGGAGGUGGUGGCCAUCAAGAGCAUUGCCAAGAGUCAGCUGAAGGAUGAAGAAGCGCUGCAGUUGGAAGUGGCCUUCCUGAAGAUGUCGGAUCAUCCCAACACAGUGCGCUACUACGAGACUUUUGAGGAUGCUCACGACAUCCAUUUGGUGAUGGAGAUGUGUUCAGGUGGCUCUCUCGCUCAGUACAUCCAAAAUGCCCACGAGGACUUUGGGCCGGGUGUCUCGGAAGACGAACUGGCACGCAUCACACUGCAGAUGCUUCAGGGCAUCGCCUAUUGUCACGCACAUUCGGUGGCCCAUCGGGAUAUCAAACCCCAGAAUCUGCUCUUCAGCUGCGGCGCACCGAAGACGGGGAGCGCCAUCCCCAUCUCCUGCAGCGGCCAUGGAGACGCUCCACUGAAACUCGUGGACUUCGGUAUCGCAGGGGUCUUGAGGAACGAUCGCCCGGAGAAGCGGCUGCUGACGAAAUGCGCGGGGACCGUGGGCUACAUGGCACCUGAGGUCUUCGGCUCUCGACCUUAUGAUGGUCGCUCGGCAGACCUCUUCUCCAUUGGAGCAGUAAUGCACCACAUGAUCGUUGGCGUACCACCCAGCUGGAAAAGCGCCACAAACACCUAUGAGUUCCCUGGGAAGGUGCGCUAUAUGCAGCUCUCGGAAGAUUGCCAGUCGCUCAUGGAGCAUUUGCUGCAUGAGGAGCCAGAGAUGAGGCCCACGGCUGCCGAAGCCUUGCAACAUCCCUGGUUCGACCGCGGCGGUUUCCACAACCCGCGGCAUGGACCGGUGGAAUCCAUGGCAGACCUGCUGGAGCGCUGCUUUCGGCGGAUGCACGACUUUUGCCAACGAACCCAGCUGCAGAAGACCAUCAUGUACAGCAUGGUCGCCUUCGCUGGGCUUCACAACCACCACAUGGAGGAGUUGCGCACAGCCUUCCUCGUCGCAGAUCGAGGGAAGUCCGCUGGGGUGAGUUGCUUUGAAUUCGUGGAGCUUGGGCGAAAGUAUAGCCGCUUCACCUCGAAAGAGCUUCGCAAGAUGUUUGCAGCUGCCAAUGUCUCUCGCAAUGGCAAGCUCUCCUAUUGCGAAUGGCUGGCCGCUGGUGCACCGGCCGAUUGGUACAGCCAGCAGUGCCAUGCCGAACGGGCAUUUGAUACGCUGGACGUACAGAGAAAUGGCUACAUCCGGGCUGAGGAUUUGUGCCAAUUGCUCCCAAAAGUGCUAGAUCAGGAUGAGAUCGAGCGGGAGAUUCUUUGCAGCUUCCCUGACGAAGAUGGGCGCUUGUGCUUCAAGGACUUUGUGAAAUGUACAGGCUAG